AUGAGUCAAAGGCAAGUCGUAUUCCAUUCAACAUCCAUCCUCCUCCUCCUCCUCCUCCCGUGUUCCCUCCUGGUUCAUCCGAGCGGAGGGAUCGUGCAGCUCAAAUGUCAAAAUCUCGCUCUUCGAGGGGGCGAGAGCUCUCUUGGUAUCCUUCCUAGGCAUGAAACUACAAGGCUGAUGCUGGAACCAGGAAAAAGGGCGAGGGAAAAUCCCCCAGACGAGGCGGCAUCUGAAGGCAAGGCAGAUGAAGAAACUUCGCGGUUUGAUGCUCUUGAUUGUUUGGUAGACGUGACUGACGCUUACAAUCUGUACAGUCCGUCAAAACGGAAACGGUUGAGUUGGACAGAAUGGGCACUUGAGCUGAUUCAGACGCCCGUCCAAAGACGGAACGGAAGCCCAUUGUUUUCUCGCACGACCGUGACAGGCCAGCGGCGAAUUGCGUUCUAUUUCUCAGACAGCAAUUUGCCAAGAGAUAAAUUCCUACAGUUCGAGAUGGGAAGAAUGAAAACUCUGCGUGCAUCGGUCCGCGACAUAGCUGAGGGAGCUCGGAGGGUGGACUACCUGGAGGUCAGCCCGGAUGGCCAGUGGGUGAGAAGAACAACUCCAGUGCUGGAUCAGGACGCAUUGACGAACAGAACAAUCUAUGUGGAUGGCUUCAAGUCUACGGAUGUAGGGCAACUGAUAGAGAAUGCCCAGGAGGCAUUCGACGAAUAUGGGAAGGUUCUAAGUGUUAGAGCUGUCAGACAUUUCAGGACCAAACAGCUAACCGGCGCGGUGUUCGUUGAAUUUGAGAAUGAAAACGUUGCGAGAGAAGUUGUUGAAACCCUUCAACUGCAAGAUGAUGGAGAUUUUCAAGUGUGCAUGAAAGCAGACUGGAAAAGGAUUGAAAGGAGAAAUGCCCUCGUGGCGAAAAGGACUCUUCUUGGUGCAGGAAGAAAGGCUCUUUUGACGGGUCUGACUAUGGUUGCAGAGCAGAACAAGAAGCAUAAGAACUUGCCCAACUACAUCAAAGGAGCAUGGAUCAGGUUGACCGAUCUUCACACCAACGCUACCAAGCAGGAGAUCGCCUUAGUCUUCGGGCGCUUCGGCAGAGUCAAGAAUGUUGAUUACCAUGGUCAGAACAACUCGGCAGUUAUUUUCUACUCCACGAGUCAUGCAGCGUCAGAAGCUGUCAAGAGCUAUGAGAUCGAGGACAGUCCGGUGGUCUGCGGGACUCGCCCUCGAGUCACCCUCAUUCAGGUCAGCGACUUUCCGCCCUCGUUCGCGCUUGUCAAAGUCUCACAGGGAGAGGACGAAGAGUGGGAGAACCUUAAGUACGGCACCAGAGUUCAGAAACUCAACCAGAAGAUGCAGUGGUGGAGGAAGAAGUUCGAGAAGGCGAUGCGCUGA